AAUCUGUAUUUUAUUUCUUCAAUCGUUGGGCUCUCCAUCUCUCUCUCUCUCACCAUCUGUCCUUAACGACUUCAAUCCUGUUUUUUCAACCAUCCCCUAUCUUUAAUCCCUCCAAAAUUUCCCACUAUAAAAACAACAACAAAAACUUCAAUUCUCUCAACCAUUCUCUAUCUAGAUCCCUGAACUCGCCGGACGCCAGCUCCGGUGGUUCUGAAAGCCAGAAUUUGGGCCUGAGUGAACAUUAACGAAGUUUCAAAAUGAGGGACUCCAGUUUCCGGCAGAGGCUUGCGCCUUGGAACUCUCCCCAUUUUUCUUUUUCCGAUCAUCGUCUAUUCAAGCCAUUUCUCAAGUCUCCGGCUGCAUUUUCUCUCAUUUUCCUCCUCGCCGGCGCCUUCCUCUCCACCCUCAUCCUUUAUUCCCCUUGGACAGCGUGGAAUUUAUCUGGGAACAUGAUAAAAGGUAGUGCGAAAUUCCAUUCUUACCCCGACAGUACUUCCGAAAUUCCACAAAGACCACACCGACAACGACAAGUCGAUUUCCCACUCGACUGCACGUCCUUCAAUAACGUCACAAGCGGAGCCUGCCCUGCCACCUACCCGACCAUUUGGACUGUGGAGGAAGAUCCUAACCUUCCACCGUCAUCCACGUGUCCGGAAUAUUUCCGUUGGAUCCACGAGGACCUGAGGCCAUGGGCCCAGACCGGAAUCACGAGGGCCUCGCUGGAGGCGGCGAAACAGACGGCCAAUUUCCGGCUGGUGAUUGUGAAUGGGACGGCUUACGUGGAGACUUAUGAAAAGUCGUUUCAAACCAGAGAUACUUUUACGCUGUGGGGCAUCCUACAGUUGUUGCGGAGGUACCCUGGAAAAGUGCCUGAUUUGGAGCUGAUGUUUGAUUGCGUUGACUGGCCUGUCAUUUUGACCGCCAACUUUAGUGAGCCUAAUGGGCCGUCCCCACCUCCUCUGUUUCGUUAUUGUGGAAAUGAUGCCACGCUGGACGUCGUGUUUCCUGACUGGUCCUUCUGGGGAUGGUCAGAGAUCAAUAUAAAGCCAUGGGAGGUAUUGUUGAAGGAUCUAAAAGAAGGGAACAAAAGAACGCCAUGGAAGAACAGAGAAGCUUAUGCAUACUGGAAGGGAAAUCCGGAGGUCGCCGAGACCCGAAAAGAUCUUCUCAAAUGCAAUGUUUCCGACCAACAAGACUGGAAUGCUCGUGUCUUUGCUCAGGAUUGGAUGAAAGAAUCCCAGCAGGGAUACAAGGAAUCAGAUCUUGCAAACCAAUGUCUUCAUAGGUAUAAAAUCUAUAUAGAAGGAUCUGCUUGGUCUGUUAGUGAAAAGUAUAUUCUUGCUUGCGAUUCCGUUGCCUUAAUCGUAAAGCCCCAUUACUACGACUUCUUCACCAGAGGUUUGAUGCCAUUGCAUCACUAUUGGCCUGUCAAGGAUGAUGACAAGUGCAAGUCUAUAAAGUUUGCAGUUGAUUGGGGCAACAGCCAUAAGCUAAAGGCAAAGGCCAUUGGUAAAGCAGCGAGCAGUUUCAUCCACGAGGAGCUGAAGAUGGACUAUGUCUAUGACUACAUGUUUCAUCUUCUAAGUGAAUAUUCUAAACUCCUUACUUUCAAACCGACGAUACCGAGCAAUGCGAUUGAGCUUUGUUCGGAGACCAUGGCUUGUCCAGCUGAAGGGCUCACCAAGAAAUUCAUGAUGGAAUCAUUGGUGAAGAGCCCUGCAGAUUCGAAGCCGUGCGCGAUGCCACCCCCAUAUGAUCCCGCAUCGCUUCAUCUUGUUCUUAGAAGAAAAGAGAAUUCAAUCAAACAAGUAGAGGAAUGGGAGAACACUUUCUGGGAUGCUCAAAGUAGGCAGCCAUAGACACAAAGACACCCUCCUUACUCAAAGCAGAGAAUUACAGCAGAUCAUCAAUAGAGCUUUGGAGAUGAGUGAAACCCCAUGAAGAAAAAGGCAAAGCAUGAAGGAAAAGAAAGUGAAAGAGUAAUGUUCACAACGUUAAUUGUCCGCAGACUCAAAAAUGGAGGAAAAGUGAGCUUAAAAGGCUCGAGCUUUGAUAAUGUCGAAGCUCAUUUCGCUGGGAUCUGUGGCUUGCAGUUCCACCUGAAUUCCAUCCAAUUCCCUCUUGAAUCUGUCCUUGGAGCUCGCAUAAACCAUCUUAUUUCUCACUAUCGAUGUGUCGGGGGACCUUCAAAACAGAGACAAGCAGACAACCUCAGUUCAUAUGCAUGUCUUCAAGUUUUAAGGUUUCAUUUAUGUAACAGAAUUGGAUGGAAAAGUUGAAAUUCUGUCUCCUUACAGACCCAGAAGGCAAUCAAGUCAUGAUGUUUUGGAUAAUGUUUGAUUGGAUUGCUACCAA